AUGGCUCGCAUGGGUCGAGUCCAGGAGCUUCGGCGCGGCUUCAAAUUCGUGGGCAUUGUCGGCUUCGUAACAAUUCUCCAAGCUACAUGGGAGAGCACUUUGCUUGCCAAUUACUUUGGACUGUUUAACGGAGGUACCGGAGGAGCCAUCUGGUGUAUGGUCGCCGUGUGGCUCUGUAUGCUUGCGAUGAUUGCGUCCAUGGCAGAAAUGGCGUCCAUGGCGCCGGCCGCUGGAGGUCAAUACCAUUGGGUCAGCGAAUUUGCACCCCCUGAAUGGCAGAAAUCGCUCAGUUACGUGGUCGGAUGGUGCUCAUGUCUGGGUUGGAUCGCCGGCGUCCCUUCAUGCUGUUCGCAGCUGGCGGGCGUGAUUAACGACUUGGUCGUUUUGAAAUAUCCCGAUGCAGACAUCGGUGCCCUCUGGCAGACGACGUUGAUGGUCUAUCUAUUCAUCGCGUUGACCGUCGGCUUCAACAUCUUCUUCGCGCGACAUUUGCCGCUUGCCGAAGGCAUGAUCCUGUUCGUACAUGUCUUCGGCUUCUUCGCUUUCUUGCUGGUUUUCUGGAUAAUGGCGGACCAUGCCCCUGCUGCUCAAGUCUUCACCAGCUUCUACGAUGGUGGUGAUUGGGGCAACAUCGGCCUCUCAUGUAUCGUAGGUCUUUCAACCCCAAUCUGGUGCUUCAUCGGCCCUGACAGUGGCGCCCACAUGUCUGAAGAACUUGAAGAUGCCUCAAUCCAGCUUCCACGAGCAAUGAUGCUUGCAACCGUGCUCAAUGGUAUCCUCGGCAUCACCAUGAUGAUCACAUUCUGCUUCUGCAUCAUCGACAUCGACCAAGUCGUCGGCGAUGAUGCCUCGCAAUUCCCCGUCAUGCAAAUCAUCUUCACCUCGACCGGUUCUUACGCAGCUACCUGCGUCCUCGGAACACUCCUGAUCGUUCUGUUGUUCUUCUCGACGGUGACCACCGUUGCUAGCGCGUCGCGGCAGAUCUGGGCAUUCAGUCGUGAUCAUGGGUUCCCGUACUCGACCUGGAUUCGCGCAGUACGCCCGGAUCUCGAGGUCCCUGUGAAUGCACUACUGGUCUGCCUCGGCGUCUCGAUCGUCAUCUCGGCCAUAAACUUCGGCUCCGAUACAGCAUUCAACGCUGUACUCUCUGUCUCCAACGCCGCGCUGAUCUUCUCAUACAUCGUCUCAAUCGGCUGUAUCCGGCUGAAGCGGAUUCGUGGAGAAGCCCUUCUGCCACGACGGUGGUCACUUGGUAAGUGGGGCGGCCCGUUGAAUGACGUGUCGUUGGCGUUCCUGAUCAUCGCCUUCGUCUUCUCGUUCUUCCCGACGACGCCUCUGCUGGACAGCGUCAUCUGGGCUGCCGACUUCAACUGGUCGAUUGUGAUCUUCGCUGUCACCUGCCUGCUCGCCUUGACGUAUUACCUGGCGGGCGGCGGUCGCGAGAAGUACAUCGCUCCGGUGUCAUUGGUGAAACAAGAAUGA